AUGCCUUGUUAUGUUGAUACAAUUGUGAAAAUAAAUCAGGUUCGCCAAACAUACAAAGAGGAUUUAAAAUUAAUUGUUGUGUGGGUGAUUGGUUUUUAUCCUGUCGGGUAUGAAGAUUAUGAAUUGGAAAUGGUUUUAUUUAUAUCGACAGUCGGUGAGGAGAGAGAUCCAAAUACACAAGCAAUUUUCGAGAAAAACAAAUAUUACUGUGUCGGUGAAAAAGUUGUUAUUGGAAAUUUUAAUGGCAAUUCAAGAUUAAAAAUAACAGUUGCAUCAUCAACUCACCUCACCAUUAAGAGAGAUUUUGGUUCCAAUAGGUGUCCGUUAAAGGUUUCACUUGUAGGUAUUACUCAGGAAGUUCCAAUAGAGAUUAAUGAUGAAAAUGCAAUAGUCAAUGUAUUGGUCAAUGAUUAUGCUAGGCAAAAACAAAUAGAGGUUAUUGAAAAAGAGUUAUAUGUAUAUGCAGUUGAUAUUUCUUAUGUUGAUUUUGGUUUUGUGAUAAAGAAAAGGGCAUCUGAUUCUGGAAAUUUAUCCAAAAUUUCUAAGGUUAAAAAUUUAUAUUCAGCUGAGAAGAAGGGUAGGUCUGUGGUUAAUUCAGUUACCGAGGAUUCCCAUUCAUUGAAACGUACUAGAGUGGAGGAUGAAAAUAAUUGCAUUGAAUGUACUGAUUCCUACAUCGAACAUGCGAAUGUAUAUGAUGAAGAAGGUAUAAUCGAUAAUGAUGAGUAUGAAGAAGUUGCUGUUCGUAAUAAUGAAAAACUUACGUGCAGUCAUGAAAGGUCAACUAAGGGUAAAGAAAAAAUGAUUGUGCCCGUAGUCCAUAAUACUAGAAGGCGAGCUGAACUAUCUAAAAACAUUAAUAGCAAUGUAGAAGUAUAA